AUGCUAUUCACAACCAUCAUCAUCACUACUAUCACCGCACUCGCUGUCCACGCAGCUGGUGCACCUCAAACUGAUUACCAAAUCCAAGAAACCAAUGACGAGAUAUACAACGCUCUUCCCGUUGACUUCCAUGAAUCCGACUCAUACUUUGACGAAGGUGAGCCUUCCCUCUACGAACAUUCUCCGGUAUACAAAUACUCUGACGACGUCCAACCUGAACAUGAAUGGAUUGAUAUGAUGGCCGAGCAUCAUCACGAAGUCAAGCUAAUCAGCCCAUGUCGAAGUGGUAAACCCGUCUUCCCCUACGAAGGUCACCCACAACCCCGAAUCAGCGGCACUAUCCAAGGUCCUGUCAGGGGUGGUGUAGCCUGGAUGGAAGGCUACGAUGGAGCUCACUGUCAAUCUUCCGGUGUCAACUGCGGUAUCGCCGAGUUCACUCUUACCAACAGUGAAGGUAAAGGCAUGCAAAACAGUGCGGAUCACUCUUUACUUGACGGUCCAGGUCUUGGCAAUCAUAAAUUCCACUACAAGAUGAACUUCCACUUCACCGGUUCAUGUACCAAAGGUCCCGGUGGUCCAUGUACUGGUGAUUCCCCUCAGAAGUGUCCUGGUGCAUAUCUCGGUGAUAGGACUGAAGGUGGUGCUCCCACUCAAUGUCUCUCGGAUAACACUGGAAUCACCAUCACCUUCUGCUAA